UUGGGGUCAUCGGACGUUAAGAAAAUUUCCCAAAAUAACAUCACAAAGAUGAAACCGCCGCCGCCGACCUGUCAAAGGGGAGAGAGAGAGAGAGAGAGGAGAAUCGGGAGCGAGAAGGGGCGGUAGGGGAAGGCCAUGUCUUGCAACAAGGUGCUUAGGGUGGCGGCCGAUGGAAGCGGCGACUUCCGCACGGUCCAGGAGGCGGUCGACGCGGUGCCGUUCUCCAAUCGGACGCGGACGGUGAUCCAGGUGGCGCCCGGCGUCUACCGGCAGCCCGUGUACGUCCCAAAGACCAAGGAUUUCAUCACCCUCGCCGGUUCCUGCCCAGAUACCACUGUCCUCACCUGGGACAACACUGCAAGCCGCAUCGACCACCACCAGUCUCCGUUAGUGAUUGGGACGGGGACUUUUGGAUGCGGAAGCACGAUCGUCGAAGGAGAGGACUUCAUCGCGGAGAACAUCACCUUCGAGAACUCUGCCCCGCAGGGUUCGGGACAGGCUGUGGCUAUCCGGGUGACUGCUGAUCGAUGUGCUUUCUACAAUUGCAGGUUCCUUGGGUGGCAGGAUACCUUAUAUCUACAUUAUGGAAAGCAAUAUCUGAGAGAUUGCUAUAUUGAAGGAAGUGUUGACUUUAUUUUCGGUAACUCUACUGCUCUCCUAGAACAUUGUCAUAUCCACUGCAAGGCGCAGGGAUUUAUAACUGCUCAAAAUAGGAAAUCAUCCGAAGAAUCAACAGGUUAUGUCUUCUUGAGAUGUAUUAUCACGGGCAACGGUGGAACUUCCUAUGCAUUUCUUGGGCGACCAUGGGGACCCUUCGCGAGGGUUGUUUUCGCGUAUACUUGGAUGGACUGUUGCAUUAGACCUUUCGGGUGGCACAACUGGGAUAAAUCUGAGAAUGAACGAAGCGCAUGCUUCUAUGAGUACAGAUGCUCAGGACCUGGUUGCUGCCUCACAAACCGAGUCGCAUGGUCAAGAGAACUGCUCGAUGAUGAGGCAGAAUCCUUCAUCUCGCACCCUUUUGUAGAUCCCGAUCCAGAUAGGCCUUGGCUUGCACAGAAAAUGGCUGUUAGAAUACCUUAUUCGGCUUAGAAUUUACUAUGAGCUCUGUUUAAGAUUGUACUGAAGAAUAAGAAGGUUGAACUCUGAUCGAGUAUUGAUGUUUUUAAUAGUCAUUAGAAACAAUUAUGAUGUAGGACCAAUAUGAUUCUAUACAUAACUAGAUUAUGAUGCGGUACCUA